AUGUUGACGGCAUUAGUUCUAAGUUUUGUGAUCAUUUUACCCAGCACCUGUUGCGGACAGUAUUUGGACAAUUGUGGGUUGAGUGGUUAUCGGAUGAGUGUUAAAAAAGAUUUGACUGGUAUGGCUCUUAUGGCUGCUGAACAUCAACUGCGCACGGUUUUGAGGAAAUUGGCUGAAAGUGAUGAAGGGCCAGACUAUAGAGUUGGCAUCAUUUUUGGUGGCACUGAACAGCUGGUGGCAGGUUCUCUAAAAACUUUAAUUGUAACCCUAAUGGAUCUUAAUAACUUGAAACAUAACUGUGAGGUGGAUCUAUGGACCCGUCCCUGGCUGACAGAUGGCACAGAAGUAACCAUACGCUGUGAAUGCAUGCGGACGUUGUUUAAACAUGUCGAUUAUUGA